CUAUAUUCACAGUCUUGUCUUUGAGCUUAAAGAAGAUAAGCAGAAAUGGCACUUUCCAAGUUUUCUUCUCAUCCUCAUCCCUAUCUGCAAUGCCUAGCCUGCUUAAUCUUCUUCAUUUUAAGUAUUUUUGUUGUUAAUUCACAAGCAGAUGAUCCUUCUUUGACACAGGAUUACUAUGCAUCUUCAUGUCCAACAGCAAUAGAGAUUGUUAGGAAAGAGAUGGAAUGUGCAGUGCUCUCUGAUCCAGGCAUGGCGGCUUCGAUACUUCGGUUGCAUUUCCAUGACUGCUUUGUUCAGGGUUGUGAUGGAUCAGUUUUGUUAGAUGACACAAUCACACUACAAGGGGAGAAGAAAGCACCCCCUAACAUUCAUUCUCUGAAAGGUUUUAGGGUGAUUGAUAGGAUCAAGAGCAAGCUUGAAUAUGAGUGCCCUAGUAUUGUUUCAUGUGCCGAUAUACUUACUAUUGCAGCAAGAGAUGCAGUUAUCCUGGUUGGUGGGCCUUACUGGGAUGUUCCUCUGGGUAGAAAGGAUUCAAGAAGUGCAAGCUUCAGCCUAGCUACCACAAACAUUCCUACUCCUGAUCAAGGCCUUCUUACUCUCCUUGCAAAUUUCAUGGAGCAAGGCCUCUCAGUCACAGAUAUGGUUGCUCUUGUGGGUGCUCACACCAUUGGUGUGGCACAAUGUCAGAACUUCCGAGCAAGAAUCUAUGGAGACUUUGAAGAAACUGCUAGCAUGAUGAAUCCAUUAACAAAGACAUACCUCAACAAUUUGAGAUCUAUUUGCCCUGCUAUUGGAGGAGACAGUAACAAGACUGCAAUGGACUAUGUUACCCCUAAUUAUUUUGAUAAUUCAAUCUAUCAAAUACUGCUGAGAGGGGAAGGAUUGCUGAACUCUGAUCAAGAAAUGUAUUCCAGUGUGUUGGCGUUUGAGACAAAGCAACUUGUUCAGAAGUAUGCUGAAGAUCAACUUGCUUUCUUCCAACAAUUCUCAGAUUCUAUGGUGAAGAUGGGAAAUAUUAUCAAUCCUGACAGCUUUAUUACUGGGGAAGUAAGGAAGAAUUGCCGAUUUAUUAACACAUAAGCUUUUAAGUUAGUAAUUGUUUUGGUUCUGGUCAGCCCAUGCCAC